GCUGAUUCCUGAUACAGAAUUUUUUAAACAAUUAAAGUAGUGUAACUUUGGUAAACAGAGAAUCCAACGGAAUAACUUUUUUAUAUACAAUAAAAUUAAAAAGAAACUCGUGAAAAAGUGGUCAUCGUAAACGGAAAUUAACGAAAAUAUCUUAAAAGAAAUUGCAGUUAACAGAAAGCUACAUUAUGUUUAAUGUUCUUCAACGAUUAUUAGGAGGUGACACACCGCCAAAUAAAGUGCUGGAAAUUAAAGGCGAAUCCCUAGGAAGUUUAUUAGUAAUAGGGCGAGAUGAAGGCAUGGUACUUUAUUCACCGCCCUUCAAUUCAACAGACAAAAAGGCAUGCUACGAAAUUGUUCUCCAACGUCAUGUUAAUGACCCCGUCAACACUUGCUUUAGCUUAUAUCGUUCGCCUAUUCAGCAAGAAGCAGAAGACCGAUUCAAUGCUUUUGUACAUCGAUUACCCGUAUUUGUUUCUAUCGUUAAAGAGUUUUUCAAUGUUAACGGUAUACAAAGAGUAUGUGACGCCUUAGCAGAAAAUCCGUCCUGGUCACUAGCUCACUUAGUCGCCUAUUUUAAUCUUGUGGACUACGUUAGCAAUCCCAAAGUCUUGGAAUUCAUUGAUUACUCUGACCAUGUACACCUGAUGUCACCAUUUCAGCUUGCCAUCAAAACCGGGAAUAUUGAAAUGGUCAAGACAUUGAUGCCACUGUGUAAAAUGGAACAUUUAGAUAACAACAGUAAUUCUAUUUUCCAUUACGCCGCUAGCACAACAAAAGAAAUUAUAAAUUUGUUAACCUCAAAAAGUACGGAAAAUCUCAAUCACAUCAAUUCCGAUGGUUAUCCGCCGUUACAUUUGGCAUGUUUAUCGGACAAACCAGAGUGCGUGAAGGCUUUACUAUUAGCUGGGGCAGAUGUUAAUUUAAACGCCAAAAAUAUGAGUAAAAUAUACAAAUCUAGUACACCGACUUCAGUUGCUGAAUUUCUUAAAACGAAUGCAAAUAAGCUAUACACGCAGGAUAUGAAGUACGGUGGAACUCCACUGCAUUGGUCUUCAUCGCGUGAAACAUUACAUGCUCUCAUCAUGCAGGGAUGCGAUGUCAAUGCCACUAACUUCGAUGGGCGCACAGCUCUUCAUUUGAUGAUUGCUCGAAACAGAUUUGAAUGUGUUGUUACGCUACUCGCUCAUGAUGCUGAUAUUGAUGUUUUUGAUAAAGAUGGGAACACACCUUUACAUAUAGCCAUCGAAAAGAAAUUGGUACCUAUUGUUCAAUGUCUUGUUGUCUUUGGUUGCGAUAUAAAUAUGAAAAAUAAAGAUGGGAAAACACCUAGACAUAUGGUCGGUACUGAUUCAAAUGGUGGUAAAGACAGUGAAAUUCUUUAUAUUUUACAUUCAGUUGGUGCCAAGAGAUGCCCAGAAUCAAGCACGAAGUGUCCCGCAGGCUGCAACGCGAAAGGAUCUUACAAUGGAAUACCACCGGAGUCACCAGAGCCAGUUGAGCAACGCGAGCAUAUUGAAAAUAUGCUAGCAGCAACUAGUCGUCAAGCAAUCGAUGGCUUUUUGGGUACAUCAUUUAACGGUGGCGCGGUUACACCGGAACCUACUGUUAUCGUUGAUACCGAGAAAGAACAAAAAGGACAAAGUAUUAUGGAUGCCCUAUUGGGGAUGUUUACCACGAAAGUCAAUACCGACAGUAAAAAAGUAUCGCCCAGUAAUAGUUUGGAAGGCAAUGGUAGUGGGGAUGCUACUGGGGCCAAUACUCCAACAACACCGGGGUCUUCUAGUGGCUCUAGCAAUAGAGGUGAAAAGCCAUAUGGUCGCGGUCGUUUAUUAUGCCUAGAUGGUGGCGGCAUUCGUGGUCUGGUGCUCGUGCAAAUGCUAUUGGAAAUCGAAAAACUUUCUCAAACCCCAAUUGUACAUAUGUUUGAUUGGAUUGCAGGCACUAGCACUGGCGGCAUUUUAUCACUUGCUCUCGGUUGUGGUAAAACAAUGCGCCAAUGCUUGGGUGUAUACUUGAGGUUGAAAGAACAAUGUUUCGUUGGCUCACGUCCCUAUCCAAGUGAAUUGUUCGAAAAAAUAUUAAAGGACAAUUUGGGCGAGUUCACUGUAAUGACGGAUAUUAAACACCCAAAAAUUAUGAUAACCGGUGUAAUGGCUGAUCGUAAACCAGUGGACCUGCAUCUUUUUAGAAAUUAUCACAGCGCCAGCGAUAUUCUAGGAAUUGUUACACCUAUUAAUAAUCGUCGUGUGCCUCCACCGCCCCCAGAAGAACAACUAGUUUGGCGUGCAGCUCGGGCGACAGGAGCAGCACCAUCAUAUUUCCGUGCUUUUGGGCAUUUCCUUGACGGCGGCUUAAUCGCAAAUAACCCGACAUUGGACGCUAUGACCGAAAUACAUGAGUACAAUAUGGCAUUACGCAGUGUGGGUCGUGAAAAAGAGGCUGUCCCGGUUUCAAUAGUUGUUUCCUUAGGCACCGGUUUGAUACCAGUAACUGCGCUUAAGGAUAUUGAUUUGUUUCGCCCUGAAAGCAUAUGGGAUACCGCCAAAUUAGCUUACGGGUUCUCAACAAUUGGUAACUUGCUUGUGGAUCAAGCGACAGCUUCUGACGGACGCGUUGUCGAUCGCGCACGCGCCUGGUGCAGCACUAUCGGUGUUCCAUAUUACAGAUUCAAUCCACAACUCUAUGAAGACAUUGCCAUGGAUGAAAAAGAUGAUCAGAAACUGAUAAAUAUGUUAUGGCAUUCAAAAGCCUAUAUGCACAACAAUCGCAACAAAAUAAUAGAAAUGAUAAAUUUUUUGAAAUAGCAUAUAAGGAAGUUUUAGCCAAACAUUUCGCUUCAGAUAUAAUUAUAUAAUAAUAAUAGUAAAAUUUAAUAUUAUGUGUUUUAUAAAAAGUAAUUACUAUAAUAUGUUACAAAUUAAUGUAAUCUUAUAUAAUAUAAAAAAUUGGCAUGAGAGAGCAUUCAUUAAAUUAGUCAUAACUCAUUGUAAGUCUUGUAUAUAUCCAUCACUUGCAUCAACUGAUUCUCAAAUAUUUUCAAAAAAGAAGAAAUUUACUUGCGUGUAGCUCGAAAUAGAAACAAUGGUAUAAUAAAGCUUCUAUCAAAUAUUAGA